AAAAGCACCUGACAGAAAAUGCCCUAAUUAUUUUGUUUAAUGUAUUAUACGACGUCGUUCCUUACCGUUUUGCCUUAAAAUUCACGUUUGAACUUAUUCACAAAUCAGAUCACACAAAUCAAUUACUAGCAUAUCAAUUUGGUUCUUCCCGUUACCGAUUUUCGGGGCGAAAAUGGUGGACGAUACGACGAAGCCUUCGACUGAAGAGAUAGUGGAAAAGCAUGAAGAAGAAGCUCAUCCGCCUCCGGUGACAGGUGGCGGCGGCGGCGGCGGUGGAGGAGGAUGGGGAGGCUGGGGAUUUUCUGCGUUUUCUUAUAUAUCGGAUAUUCAGAAAGCUGCUACUACCGCUGCCGAAGAGAUCUCCCGCAAUGCCGUUGAAGCUGCUAAAACAGCUGCAAAAAGCCUUGCAGAUGUACAAAAUGCUCUGGAGGACUCCGAAUCUUUGGAAGAUGGUGAGCGAGAAGUAUUGGUUGAAGAGGGAAGUGAAGACGAGAAUGACAAAAAACGUAAGGCUGCUCUAGAAAAAUUAGAGAAAGCUAGUGAAGACUCAUUGCUUGGCCAGGGUUUGAGAGUUAUUGACCAUUCGGUUGAGAAUUUUGCUUCAGGAGCUUGGCAAGCACUAGGAAAUGCAUUCAGAGGAAGUUCUGAUUUAGUCCACAAGCUUGAAAAUUCGGCUGUAAAUGGUGGCGCACCUGCCGCAACAGAUUCUGUUGCACCAUCCAUACUAGAGACUGGAAAAGCUUUUACUGCUAAAGGAAUGCAUAUGCUUGAGCUACUUGGAAAAGAAACUAUGGAUCUGCUGAUAUCGGAAACUGGUAUUAGAGUUGACCCAGGAUCCAAAGAAGGGGGAGGAGAAACAGAUGGAGAUCAGUUUUAUGAAGAAGUUACAUUUGAUAGAUGCUUUUAUAUUUAUGGAGGUCCCGAGCAAUUGGAGGAGCUGGAGGCAUUGUCCAGCCAUUAUGCUUUGUUGUUCAAUAGAAGAAAAGCUAAGCUUCCAACAGGUCAGAGGUCUUCAUAUGAUGGAAAGCUUAAAGAGGUUCAGCAGAUUUUUGACUUGAGUUCUGAAGUAUAUGGAAGUGGUAAAGAGUCAGGAAAAGGGAAGGAAAUUGAGACUGGCAUUGCAGAGAGCACUGAUGAGGUGAAAAAUUUGCAUGAUUCUAGUGUGAACAAGGCUGCAGAAUUGGCAGCAGGAUUUACAAAUGUUUUGGGUGGACUAGCUCCUAAUGACAUGAUUCAAAGGACUGCUCGAAGGCUGGAUACUCUUCAUUCAGAGGGUGUUCAUCGACUUUCAGAGUUGUGUUGCUUUGCUGCGACUCAACUUGUAAUGCUUGGGAAAUCAAUCAUUUCAACUGCAAAUAAAGUUGCGGACCAGGAUGCAAAUGCGGAAAUUGUGAAAAUGGAAUGGCCUGAAGAUUCAAUUGAAAGAGCUAAGGUAAUCCGAGCGAAGGCAUGUUCGAUGACUGGAUGUGUUGAAGCAGUUUCUUCCAGCUUUAUUACAGGGAUAACGGAAGUGGCUGAAGCAUAUUUAGCAGCAGUGAGAGGUGUUUCUGCUGAUUCACCUGAGGUUCCACAGAAAUCAAUCCAGGAGAAGGCCAAUGCAUAUGCUGAGAAUCUUCGUGCAGCUCAUAGCACAGCCGUGGGCAAAAUUCAGGACGGCCUUCAAUACUUGCCCUAUGUGGUCAUCUCAACCUCAAUGCCUGCUGCUUGAAGAAUAUUAGGUUGAUUCAAAAUUUCACACUUGGUGUUCCUUUUAGCUUGUUUACUUUUUCUUCCCCAUCUCUCUUUCGUGUAAAUAACUGUAUUUGGUUAGUUCACCCUAUAUACCUUUAUCCCUCGGACUUCUACAAUCUGGGAGUGCUGUCUUCCAUUCUUCAUAUGGUGAACUUGUAUGAUAUCUUCAUCAACUCUUAGCUACAGAGAAAGUCCACUUUCCUUUCUGUUUUUAUCUAAAGGAAAGACAUAAUUGACGACUUUAGUUCUUAAA